AGCCAGUUCAGGAAAUCAAGUAUGAUCUGAAACGGGAGGAGACAGUUACAUUCGAGUAGAAGCUAUACUUUUUUACAAUUAUUUUUUUUUAAACUACAUAUUAGUGAGAAGAGAGCACAGUGAGUGUAAAGGCUGAACAUGGCGUGGGAGACCUUCAAAGCAUUAAGGUUGUGUUGGCCUCAUUUGGCCCUGCUGCGAAGAUGUCCCCACCCACAUCCACAACUGUACACAUCCUUCAGCUCACAAAGGCCAGGGAAGAGCCGAGGGUUGUUCAGGAAGAUGUUUCUGGGCGUGGCGGUGAGUGUUCCCGCGGUGGUGGGGGUCCAGUACGCCUUUGCGGAACCUCGAGAGAGACGGAAGAUGAAGAUCUUGGUGAAGGGAGUCGGUCGCUUCUGUCGGUCUAUAUAUGUAGGACUCUAUAUCUCAGUAGAUUAUUGGUGGACCUCCAAUGUGACGUUACGUUGCAUGGACGAGAGCAGCUCAUCAUUCGUGGCAGGGAUGUCGUUGUGCCACCAAAGGGCGGCAGACAGCAUGGUGGCGGGAGCGGUGCAGAACGGAGGGAUAUAUGUUAAACUUGGACAGGGACUGUGUGCUUUCAACCACCUGCUGCCUCCUGAGUACGUCAAGACACUGCAUGUCCUGGAGGAUAAGGCUCUAAACAGGAGAUACAAGGAGGUAGACUCUCUGUUCAGAGAGGACUUCAACACUACUCCAGACAGGAUGUUUAAGAAGUUUAACUAUGAGCCCAUCGCAGCAGCCAGUCUGGCUCAGGUCCACAAGGCAGAGCUGCAGGACGGGACUCCUGUUGCUGUCAAAGUGCAGUACAUAGACCUCAGGGAUCGGUUUGACGGUGACAUCAGGACUCUGGAGAUCCUUUUGGACGUUAUAAAGUUCAUGCACCCCAGCUUCGGCUUCAGAUGGGUCCUCAAAGACUUGAAGGGGACAUUGGCACAGGAGCUGGACUUUGAGAAUGAGGCCAGGAACUCUGAGAGGUGUGCAGAGGAACUGAAACACUUCAAAUUUGUUAUCGUGCCAAAGGUUUACUGGGACCAAACCAGCAAGCGAGUGUUGACUGCAGAGUUCUGUGAAGGCUGCAAAAUCAACAAUGUGGAAGAAAUCAAAAGACAAGGACUUAGCUUGAGAGAUACUGCUGACAAGCUGAUCCGUACGUUUGCAGAGCAGAUAUUUUACACGGGCUUCAUUCACGCUGACCCUCACCCCGGCAACGUGCUUGUGAGAAGAGGCCCAGACAAGAAGGCAGAGCUAGUACUGUUGGAUCACGGCCUGUAUGAAUACCUCAGUGAAAUUGACAGGGUAGCGCUGUGUAAACUGUGGCGGUCCAUAGUCCUGAGAGACGACACUGCUAUGAAGAGGUACUCCAACAGCCUGGGGGUCAAAGACUACUUCAUCUUCUGUGAGAUGCUGCUGCAGCGGCCAAUCAACAUGCGGGAGCUGGGCCUGUCCAACAUCCUGAGUUGUGAAGAGACAUCCUAUAUGAGGGACAUGGCUGUCAAUCACUUUGACAACAUCAUGGCCGUUCUCAAGUCCAUGCCACGCCCCAUGCUGCUGGUGUUCAGGAACAUCAACACGGUCCGCAGCAUCAACAUCACACUAGGAGCUCCGGUAGACAGAUACUGUGUCAUGGCCAAGAGGUUAGUAGUAUCAGGCUGGGAGCUCCGGUGGACAAAUACUGUGUCAUGGCCAAGAGCGCUGUGCAAGGCUGGGGGCGGCUCUGGGCAGAGAGGCCGGGAGUUCUUCCCAGGUUCAGGGUGUUCCGAUGGGUGUGGACCUCCUGGGAGAGCCUCAAAUUCGAGUAUGCCCUGAGGUAACGAAUUAUCCUCAACGCUAUACACUCAGUAACCACGUUUCCAUCCAGUUUGAGUAAAAUCAUACCGUAUAAAAAAAAUAUAUAAUCAUGACAGCUGUGAUGGAAACGGGAAGUUUCGGUACAAUGUUAUGAAUGCUGACGGUAAGAUUAAUUAUGUGAGAAAUGGCAGAAACACCUUUAUGCACAAAUAUAACAUCGAAGUAAAUUUGGAGUCACGUGUGGUCUUCCCACUACGACUGGGGAAAGCAUGCAGUUUAUUAGGCUACAGAUGAGAGCUUAUGAAUAUCACAGUGUGGUGAAAGUGCACAGUGAUCGAUGCUCCUUUCCUAUAAAUAUUGAGGGUCUUAUUCUGAUUACAUGCUUGACUGCAGUUUGACAAAUCCCAAUAUUCUCGCAUUUAUCCAUAAUUCCAUAAUGUAGACUAGCCUACCCGCACUGUAUUUAAGAGCGCAAGUGUCAACACGUCUCCUAGGUCUCACCCCGCUUUGCCUCCAGAUCUCCCUGUAUUCUUCAGGGGCAUGAAAACAUUGCUCAAUUGGUAUCAAAGGACCUAACGUGUGCCAGGAAAAUAUUCCCCACCCGCCUGUACCAUUGACAGGAUGGGACCAUAGACUCAUGCUGCUUACGCCAAAUCCUGACACAACAGGAACCGGGACUUGUCAGACCAGGCAAUGUUUUUCCACUCAAUUGUCCAGUGAGGGCGUGCCCACUGGAGCUGCUUGUUUGUAGCUGAGAGGAGUAGAACCUGGUGUGGUCCUCUGCUGCAUUGUGACAAGGACCAAUGAGUUGUGUGUUCAGAGACCAGGGUUUCCCCAUACUCGGUCCUCAGGACUCCAGGGGGGUACAAGUUUUGGUUUUUGCCCUAGCACUACACAGCUGAUUUCAAAUAAUCAACUAUUCAUCACGCUUUGAUCAUUUGAAUCAGCUGUGUAGUGUUGGGGCAAAAACCAAAACAUGCAGCCCUUAGGGUCCCGAGGACCGAGUUUGGGAAACGCUGCCCUAGACAAUGUCGUGCGUGAAAAGCCAAGGAGGCCCGGCCACUUCGGAGAUGCUGGAACCAGUAUCCCUGACACUGAUCAUACCACACUCCGUCACUCGUUUUGCCCACUCUAACGUUCAAUCAAACAGUAACUGGAUGCCUGUCUGCCUGCUUUUAUAUAGCAAGCCACGGCCACGUGACUCACCGUCUGUAGGAGCAAACCAUUUUCGGUACCUAAUAAGCUGGCCACUGAAUGUAUAGCAGUAGACCCAACUGGCUAGGUCUUGCUCCAGACAUUACCCAAAAUACAUCAGCAUUUUUUGUUCCUACAAGAUUGCCUAAAACAUUAACUAAAAUCAUCUUCCCAGGUCAGAAAUGGCGACGAUGCGUCUGACACGAUACCUGCUAUCCCUGUUGUCUUACUUUAACCUCAUAUCGCUGGAUGAGGAAGUCUACCAAUACCUGAAGUAGAGGCUGAGACCCUGACCUCCGCUGCAUACCUGAGACUACUGACUCCUGAUUUAACGCUCAAGAACUGCAACCCGUUUGACAGGAAGAUAACUAAGUAGUUUAAUAUGAUAGUUGUCAGUUGGGCUGCUACAAUGGUGCUAUGCAUUUGCCAAAUCUGCUUUGGCAGAAUGUGUAGACUUUAAAAAAUAUAUAUAUUUGACUCGUCUUAGUCAGGACAGGGGAAAAAGCACCAAAUACAGCUCGAAGCCAAAGACUUGACUCGCCAGGAGUCAUGGUAUUGAGGAACACUGUCUCAAUGCCUCCAAGGAAUGUCAACUGGCAUGACAUAUUAACCCAAUUUAAUGAUUACAAAUGUAGAACCACUUAUUUUGGUUUAUUUGACCUCAUUCACUGGGGAUGCAGUAUGUGUAGGUAAAAAACCUGAAGUGAUUCAUUUUAGCCAAGAUUCUUGCUGUUGCCAUAAAGAUUUGAAGGAGCAAUCUGACUUGAAUGAGAUUAAAGUCAACCUUUUCAGAUUUAUAGCACAUGUUUAGUCACAGAGCAUUCCAGAUUUUUAAUCUUGUUGCAUUACCUGGAUAAUAGGGCUUACAUAUGCUGAGAUUACUUUUACUGCAAGCAUGUAGUUUAGUCAAGUCAAAUGUUCAUCCCUUUUUUUUUUUUUUUAUCCCCUUUUCUCCCCAAUUUUCGUGGUAUCCAAUCGCUAGUAAUUACUAUC